UUACGAUUUUGUUUAUAAAUGGUUGAAUAAUUUUAAUCAAGAGAUAUGUAAAUAAACUCAACAUAUAAGAAAUGAAUGUUGUGUUAAGAGGUGAAAAAUGAAAUUAUAUUUCGUCAUUGUUUUAUUUCACCUCCUAAAAACCCCAGCAAAGAAGACAGAAACAACACUAGGACUGCAUGAGAGAGUGAAGGUGUUAAAACACCGUUUAACUGAAGAAAUAAAGCUGCAACAGCAGUCAUUCCUGACACCUAUUGUAGACGACUUCCCUGAGGAGUAUGUGGACGUGGACUCCCAACCUGUCACUCCGAUCAUGAGCUUCGACGAGAGGAAGAAGAAAAACAAGUUCAAACUGCGACAGUUGAAGACAACGCAAGAGAGUACUCAAGAGCCUACAAAAGUUGUGCAAAGAGUAAAGAAAGCAACAAAGAAGAUCGCGAGGAAGCGUAAAACUAAAUCGGAAGCCAUCGACAUAUUCUAUCGACGAAGUUUUGAUGCCGACAUGAUGGAUGAGCCUGUAGAAUGGGUGCAUUGUCAGGACCUGAUCACUCCGUUCCUCACUGGGCAGAAGACGAACAUUAAUACCCCUAAGAGGGUCACUGUAAAGGAUCCUGUUGUGUUAAGAUUAGUGCAACUGCUUAGCGUCAACACUACCGGCCAAAGUAAAGAUGAUAUCUACUCCAUAAUGUAUCAGAUAAGCAACUUGCAACUCCGAUUAUUUCAAUGGGAUGUUACAUCCAUAAAAUUCUUACUCAAAAAUAUUAUCAAAGAUAAAAAACAUAGCUUCGCGGGACUAAAACAUGGCCUAAAGGCUAUUUUUGCGGCGUGGAAUUUAGACAUAACAAACAUAACCAAUUUGUUGAAGCAAGCGCGGAUAUUCCGACCGCCGUGCGUUAGAAUUACUGAUUAUGGAGGAUCAACAAAAACAUCUAGAGUUGUACGAUACACUAAAUCAGUGAAAAAGAGAUGCUUGGAUGAAGAUGACGACGAAUGCAGGGAUCCAUAGUAACAUACAAAAUAAAGUUAAAAGAGGGAAAUUUUUUUUUUAGUAUAUAUACUUAAUCUAAAAAAUAAAAAGUAGACAAAUAUGCUUCUGUUUUUUAU